AGGCAGCAAAAGAUCCAGUCACAGCGAGGAAAGCAGAGAAACAGAGGGAGAGCUCACCGCCGUCCAGCUCCCCAGAUCCACCGCACCCCGGCGAACAUGGCGGCGGUUGGCAGCGACGCGGCGAGCAUGGUGGCGGUGGGCCUGGUGUGGGGCGCCACCAACGCGCUGAUGCGGCGGGGCGCGCUCGUCUGGGACCGCCGCUCCCGCUGCCUCCCCGCCGGCACCGGCGCCGUCCGGCGGUGGGCCGACCUGCUCCUCACGUGGCAGUACUCGGCGCCGUUCCUCGCCAACCUCUCCGCCUCCGCGGCCUUCUUCCGGCUCCUCGGCGACGCGCCCAUCUCCGUUGCCGUGCCCGUCACCAACGCCACCACCUUCGCCGCCACCGCCGUCGCCGCCGCGCUCCUCGGGGAGGCCACCCGCGCCGCACCGGCCGCGCUCGGCACCGCGCUCAUCCUCCUCGGCGUCUGGGUCCAUACUUGAAUGCUCUGUUUUGGAGCAAUCAGGGUACUAUACCUGGUUACUCCUAGUUCAUGGCACACAAGAUCAUGGCUGUGAUCUGGGAGGGAGAAGUGUCUGCAUGAUUGCAUGCUUGAUCCUAGGGAGGGCGGUAUGCGAGACCUCCAAGCAACAGCCUCAAAUUUCCCACAUGGUAGUGUAUCACCACGUCCGAAGAUGAUGUUGUGCAUAGUGAUUUUGGGGGCUUCUUCGUUGGAAUCUAAUUGAUGAUGGUUGCAAAUCGAGAAAUAUUUGCUGCUUCUUGCUAAUCUCCUACGAUACACUGGUUCAUCUUUCCACAAAGGUUUUGGUGCUUGUCAGACAUAAGGAGAUGUGUAUCUUUAUCUGCUCUUACAUAUUGAAGAACUAUGCGCCAGAAUCGAGCAUUAUGUUGAAUGCUACUUGGUCUGGCUGUUUAUGAGGAGGCGAAGAUGAAGGACCAACCAUCAAGCCGCUCGCUCAUCAGGUGGCGGUGGUAUGCCUACAUGAAUGGUUGGUCUUAGAGGCUCGAGCAAUUCUUGCCAGAUUGGAAGCAACUGCUAGAGGGAUCAUAAUGCUCUCCUGGUUUGCUCCCAUCUGGUUGCGUGAAGGGGGCCACGGAGAAGAUACUGACUGAUGGCUACCUGCUCCUCACUCGGCCAGGCCAGAGGAGCCUCUCCAGCACUCCUUGUCCAAGGUCGCCUCCUCCCGGUCCAAGGUCUCGCCGGCACAACCCCUGCACUGUGUAUGGCCUCGACUACAAUUUUCUCAGAUGCAUGGCAGUGACGACUUUGGUGACAUCAAUUGUUUGGUAUUGGCGCCAUUGGAUGAUGUGCUGCUAAAGACGUCUUAAUUGAUUAGCCCCUUGUUAUUCUUUUCUGUUUGUUUAUCAUCAAUCCUUGCGGCUUGCUUUCCUUUGAGCAGCAAAGUAGCUCUCUCUUCAUCACCCAAGGGUGUAGAUUGGACAAAGGUGUAGUUUAUUUAUUACUAGAUGAAACCCUGCACGUUGUUGCGGGAUGUUUAGUUAAUAUUUUUGUAGAGUCCACCAAAUUUGAAUGAGAUCAUUUUGAAAAUGGUGAGUAGGUUGUUAUCUUGUGCACUCAAAACUAAAGUAUAGCGGCUGAAUGAUCAACAAAUUCAGUUGUUUAUGAA